GUGAGUUACCUGCACGGUAGCUGCGGGCUGGGCUCUAACCAGAUAACAAGGCCACCGUUUCUUGGCAGAGAGGAAUAAGAUCAUUUGGAGAAGAAAGAUAAUUUCUCCCUUGAGUCACAACGAGAAAGAAACUGAAAAAAGAGCGCAAAAGCUAUGCUGCUCCAAUCAAAACUGAAAAUGCUUUUCUGUGUCUGAGCAACUUUGAGAGGAUUGACUUAAGUGGAUGAGAUGAUUGCUUGGCUGAUCUCUCUGAGAAGUAUUGAAAUGCUACUUUUGGCAGUGCCUUGCCUGAGUUUCCACAUUGAACCUGAAGAAGGUAGCAUUGCAGGGGGAACGUGGAUCACAGUCAUUUUUGAUGAUUUGGAGUCCAGUCUCCUUUAUCCCACCAAUGGUUCUCAGCUGGAAAUACACCUGGUGAAUGUGGCUGUGCCUGCACUGCCCAGCAUCCCCUGUGAUGUCUCCCCUGUCUUCUUGGAUUUGCCGGUGGUGAUGUGCAAGACCAGGUCUCUGCUGUCCCAAAUACAUGAGGGCAUGUACCACCUGGAAGUGCACUCUGGGGGACAGGUGGUAGGCAGCCCAACUGCAGGACUACCAGACAGCUGUUCUUUCAAGUUUUCCAGGGCACAGACACCCAUUGUUUACCAAGUGAGUCCACCAAGCGGAGUUCCAGGACAACUAAUACAUGUGCAUGGCUGGAUUAUCACUGGACGAUUGGAAACCUUUGAUUUUAAUGCUGAGUACAUUGAUAGCCCAUUGAUCUUGGAAGCUCAAGGAGACUACUGGGUCACUCCUUGCUCUCUUGUAAAUAGGCAGACUGGAAGCAGCUACCCCCUUCAGGAAGACCAUGGUCUUGGCACUCUGCAGUGCUGUGUGGAAGGCAACUAUAUUGGUUCCCAGAAUGUUAGUUUCUCAGUAUUUAACAAAGGAAAGUCAAUGGUCCAUAAGAAUGCAUGGCUGAUCAGUGCUAAACAGGACCUUUUCCUGUAUCAGACAUACUCAGAAAUACUGUCUGUGUUUCCAGAAACUGGGAGCCUUGGGGGAAAAACAGACAUCACAAUUACAGGAGACUUCUUUGACAUCCCUGCCCAGGUCACCAUUGCAGGCAUUCCAUGUGAUGUUAGACACGUGUCUCCCACGAGGAUUGCGUGCACCACUAGGGCCCUGGAAGAAGGUGCAAGGCUCACUGCUCCGCAGGCAGGCAACCGGGGGCUUCUUUUUGAGGUUGGAGAUGCUGCUGAGGGCUUAGACCUGACUGAAACCACCCCUGGGUACAGGAGGCAGAUUGUUCCUAACGCCAGUUCUCCAUUUGGAUUUUGGUCAAAGGAAGGGCAACCUUUCAGAGCACGGCUCAGUGGAUUCUUUGUGGCCCCAGAAACAAAUAAUUACACUUUCUGGAUCCAGGCGGACAGCCAAGCUUCCCUGCAUUUCAGUCCGUCAGAGGAUCCUAGGACCAAGGUGAAGGUGGCCUCCAUCAGGGUGGGCACCGCUGACUGGUUUGACUCCUGGGAGAAUGGGAAUGAUGAAGGCACCUGGCAACGGAAGUCCCCUAAGUUGGAGCUGCUCGGGGGAGCCAGGUACUACCUGGAGGCAGAGCAGCGUGGGAGAGCCCCCAGCGGGGGCAUGAGAAUUGGUGUCCAGAUCCACAACACCUGGCUGAAUCCCGAUGUGGUCAGCACCUACCUGCGGGAGAAGCAUCAGAUCCGAAUCCGCGCUCGGAGACUUCCGGAGAUCCAGAUGCUAACUGUGUCUGGAAGUGGGAACUUCUUCCUUACUUGGGACAAUGUCUCUAGCCAGCCUAUCCCUGCAAAUGCCACAGCCCAUCAGAUUCAAACAGCCAUUGAAGAGUUACUUGCAGUCAAAUGCCAGCUGGAACCCUUUUCGGCUAACAUCCUACUCCGAGUUGGAUUUGAAGAAGGCCCAGAAGCUUCCAGCUUUGAUGGGGACCUCACCAGUGGGACAGAGCCCUUCUGUGGGAGGUUCAGCCUCUGUCAGCCUCGACACCUUGUCCUCACACCCCCUGCUGCCCAGCGGGGCUACCCGCUGGAUCAGUACACACAGCUGUGCGUUGCAUACAAAAGCCACAUGAAUAAGACCCUGAAGGUGACCGUGUCUUUCACAAUCAAUCUUCAAAACAUCAUUAAGAACAUCACCUGUGACUGGAGUCUCAUCGGAACCAGUCCCGAAAGCUGGCGAUUCACUUGCACUAACCUGUGGAAGACUUGUGUGCAUCGCUCCACGCAUCUCCAGAGGCCUCUGGCAAACUCCCCGGUGCUGGUUCAUCGAAUUGACCUCUUCCCUCUGGCUCUGGAGACAGGCGUGUUCUGUGUGGAUGAAGUUAUUAUUGCAGACACAAACCUAACAGUUUCUCAGGCUGAUUCUGGAACAGCUCGCCCGGGUGGGAAUCUGGUGGAAUCACUCUCUGUGGUGGGAUCCCCUCCAGUCUACAAUGUAACCUCCUGGUUGGCAGGGUGUGGCUCAGAGCUCCCACUCAUCAUUGCAAGCACUGUGCCCACCGAAGAAGCAGAAGAAGGAUCCGGGUUGGUCCAGGUGGCAACGCAGAGACUUCAGAGAACAAGUCCACCUUUAGGAGGACACUUUCGCAUCCACCUUUCUAAUACAGUGAUUCCUGACGUUCCUGUACGUAUUUCAGCUAGUCACCUUCGAAAGCUCUUACAGAACAAUGCUGAUGACGUCACAUCCAGGUAUCUCAAUGUCAGUGACUUCACUGUGAAGGAGGAUCUGAAGUCUUGCUACGAACAUGUAUGGACUCUCUCCUGGUCCACCCAGGUUGGGGAUUUGCCCAAUUUCAUCUGGGUCUCUGAUGAAAAUCUAACCGGAGUGAACCCUGCUGCAACCACUCGUGUGGUAUAUGAUGGUGGAGUUUUUCUUGCACCCAUAUUUGGAGACGUGUUGGUUACUGCCAACCAGCACACUCAGGUAGUUGUGCAAGUGAAUGACAUACUAGCUCAUUGCUCAGGUUCCUGUUCUUUCCAGUAUCUUGAAGGGUCAACUCCCCGAGUCCACUCCGUGUGGUAUUCCCUUGAUGCUGACAUGGACCUACUGGUUUAUAUUACUGGAACUAGUUUCUCGGGGGACUCCCAGGCCUUGCAGAUUACAGUGAAUAAAACAAGUUGCAAAGUUAUUUUCUCAAACCAAACAGAUGUGGUCUGCCAGACAGACCUGCUACCUGUCGGAGUGUAUCAGAUCUCAGUGCUGGUGAGACCCUUGGGUCGUGCCAUCAAUGCCAGUGGAGGAGGCCUCUUCCUGAAUGUGGAACCCAGACUGGACGCUGUGGAGCCUCCAAGAGCUGCAGAGAUUGGAGGACUCUGGGCCACCAUCCGAGGCUCCGGUUUGGAAGAUGUCAGCCUCGUUUUAUUUGGAUCUCAGUCUUGUGCCAUCAAUGUCACCACAAGCAAUUCACGGAGAAUUCAAUGCCAAGUUCCACCCAGAGGGAAAGACGGAUCCAUUGUGGAUGUGACGGUGAUCAGAGGGAACCAUUCUGCAGUUCUUUCCAUGGCAUUUACAUAUGUCCCUUCUUUAAAUCCAGUGAUCAUGUCUCUGAGCAGAAACAAAAGUAACAUAGCAGGAGGUGAGACCCUUUUCAUCGGCGUGGCGCUGCCGGUGGACUGCUUGGAUUUGCAUGUGGAAGUCCACAUCCAGGAUUCCUUGGCUCGGGUUCAUGCGGAGACUGCCCAGGGCCUGGAGGUGGUGCUGCCCCCGCUGCCGGCUGGCCUCCACAGAAUCUCAGUCUCCAUCAACGGGGUCAGCAUUCGUGCACAAGGGGUGGAUCUUCACAUCCAGUACUUCACAGAAGUUUUCAGCAUCGAGCCUUGUUGUGGGUCCCUCCUGGGUGGAACAAUCCUCAGCAUCGCAGGAGCAGGGUUCAGCAGGGACCCAGCUUUAAUUUGGGUGCUUGUGGGCAAUCGGUCCUGUGACAUUGUGAACUUAACAGAGACAAAUGUCUGGUGUGAGACGCCCACCCUCCUGCCGCCUGAGGCUCACGACCUCACUGACCCAGCCCCUGUGGAGGUCUGGGCUGGCAACAGGUCCUUCUCCCAGGCACCUGGACCACACCUGGUGGGGAAGGGCUUCACCUUCACAUACGCGGUGGCAACAACGCCAAUGGUCACUGCCGUGCGAGGAGAAUUCACAAAUAGCAGCCUGAGCCUCUACGUGGAAGGAAAUAACCUCUCCAACUCAGAGAUGCUUCUGGGGGACUUGAACUGCGACCUAGAGACACAGUCUUUCGGAAACAACGUGAGCCUGUCCGGGUGCUCCUUUCCUCUCCACGGUUUGGAGGCCGGUGUCUAUCCCCUUCAAGUACGUCACAAGCAGAUGGGCUUUGCUAACAUGUCUGCAGUGCCCCAGCAAUUUGUGGUGACACCGCAGAUAAUGGCCAUCUCGCCAGCCAAGGGUUCUGCUUGUGGUGGGACGGUACUCACGGUGAGCGGGUUGGCUCUCAACUCCAGGAGGAAGUCGGUUCAGGUGGAUCUUUCGGGUCCCGUUACUUGUGCGACUUUGAGCUUGGGGGACCAGACAAUCCUGUGCCAGGUUGACCUGCUGGGCGACUCCUUGCCCAGUGCUUCCUUCACCCUGAACGUCUCAGUCCUGGUCAAUGGGCUCCCCAGCAAGUGCCAGGGUAAUUGCACUCUUUCCUUGAGCGAAGAGACAACUCCUGUCGUGGAUGCCUUGACCACUAACAUCAGUGGGUCUCUGACUUCAGUGCUGAUUAGAGGUCAGAGGUUAGGCACCACAGCCGAUGAGCCAGUGGUGUAUUUGGAUGAUCAUCUUCCUUGUACUGUAACCUUCUUUAAUGCAAGCCACAUCACAUGCUGGAUAAGUGACUUGAGCCCGGGACUCCACUACCUAUCAGUUGUUCAUUCAAGAAAUGGGUAUGCUUGUUCUGGUAACGUUUCCAGACACUUCUCCAUUUUGCCUCAGGUGCUGGAUUAUUUCCCCAAGAAUUUCAGCACACAUGGCGGAGGCCUUUUGACCUUAGAGGGCACCGCCCUAAGAGGGCAGAACAGCACGUUGGUCUACAUUGGGCAGCGGGCCUGCCUGAUGGUGACCAUCAGCGCGGAGCUCAUCCAGUGCACUGUUCCUGCAGGGAAUGGCUCUGCUGUCCUGGACAUAGAGGUGGAUGGACGUUCAUACCAGAUGGGAGUCAUUGAUUAUAGCAGCACCUUCACCCCGGAAUUGCUCUCUGUUUCUCACACUGGUGACGUCUUAACCUUUGUGGUGGCCCGGAUCUCAGGAGCUGAGAACGUUGACAUUUUUAUUGGGGUAUCACCCUGUGUGGGUGUCUCUGGCAACUGCACAGUUCUCCAAUGCGUGGUCCCAGUCCUUGCUGCCGGGGAGUACCAAGUCAGAGGUUAUGACCACAUAAGAGGGUGGGCCUCAUCCGUCCUGGUGUUCACAUCGAGAGUUAUUGUCACGGCAGUGACUGAGAGCUUUGGCUGCCUGAGUGGACGGCUUGUGCAUGUGUUUGGAGCAGGAUUUUCUCCAGGGAACAUCUCAGCUGCUGUGUGUGAUGCUCCCUGCCAAAUCCUGGCUAACGCUACAGUGUCUGCCUUCAGCUGCUUGGUUCUUCCCCUGGAUGUGUCCCUGGCUUCCCUGUGUGACCUGAAGCAUGAGCAGGAGAGCUGUGAAGCCGCCAGUCACACCUACGUGCAGUGUGAUUUGACUGUCACUGUGGGGGCAGAGAGACUGUCCGAAUCAUGGUCUUACCUCUACAUUUGCGAAGAAAGUUCCGAUUGCCACUGGACAGAAUCAGCCUUUCCAUUGUUCUCAGGCCUCUUCAUCAGCCCUAAAGUGGAAAGAGAUGAAGUUCUCAUCUAUAAUAGCUCCUGUAACAUUACCAUGGAAACUGAGGCAAAGAUGGAGUGUGAGACGCCUAAUCAGCCAAUUACCGCCAAGAUUACUGAGAUACGGAAAAGCCGGGGCCAGAACACUCAGGGCAAUGUUUCCUUUCGUUUCUGCCGGAGGUGGUCAAGGGCUUACAGCUGGUUUCCUGAACGGGUGCCACAAGAUGGCGACAACGUCACGGUGGAGAAUGGCCAACUGCUCCUGCUAGACACCAACACAAGCAUUCUCAACUUCCUGCAUGUUAAAGGAGGCAAGCUGAUUUUCAUGGAUCAAGGAACCAUUGAGCUCAGGGCGCACUCCAUCCUUGUUUCUGAUGGUGGAGAGCUCCGGAUUGGAUCUGAGGACAAGCCCUUCCAAGGCCAAGCUGAGAUCACACUGUAUGGGAGUUCCCACUCUACCCCCUUUUUUCCAUAUGGAGUCAAAUUCCUGGCUGUGAGGAAUGGAACUCUUUCCUUGCAUGGUUCACUACCAGAAGUAAUUGUCACUCAUCUUCGAGCAGCUGCCUCUGCCCGUGACACAGUGUUGGCUCUAGAAGAUGCUGUGGACUGGCACUCUGGGGAUGAAGUUGUCAUCAUCGGUGGAGUGGGUGUUGAAGGUGCCAAACCCAUGGAAGAGAUUGUCGUUGUGGAAACUGUGCACAAUGCAGACCUGUAUCUGAGAUCACCCUUGAGAUAUUCUCACAACUUCACAGAGAAUUGGGUAGCUGGAGAGCACCAUAUUCUAAAGGCCACAGUGGCCCUGCUCAGCAGGCGGAUUAUCAUCCGAGGAAAUCUCACCAGUGAGAGGACAAAGUUCCUUGCUUCAUGCCAGGAGGCUAACACUUCAGAAGGUAAUUUGCAGCACUGUUUGUAUUCCAAGAGUGAGAAGAUGCUGGGGUCCAGGGAUCUGGGGGCCAGAAUCAUCAUUCAGUCGUUCCCAGAGGAGCCCAGCAGGGUACAGUUGCAGGGAGUGCAGUUCCGGAACUUGGGGCAAGCCUUCCAUAAGCAUGUGAGCUCUCUGACUCUGGUGGGAGCUAUGAGAGAUUCCUACAUACAGGGCUGCACCGUGUGGGGCUCCUUCAGCCGAGGCCUCAGCAUGUCCGGGACUUUGGGCCUGAAGGUGGACAGUAAUGUGUUCUAUGAUAUUUUAGGCCAUGCACUGCUGGUGGGUACACACGUGGAGACAAGAUAUAUCCCUUGGGAGGCUAUUCCUGGAAGAAAAAAUGACAGGUCAGAACAAGGAAAUACAGUAAGAAACAAUGUGAUCAUCAGUGUUUCUGGUGCUGAGGGACUCUCCAGUCCUGAAAUGUUGACACCAUCUGGUGUCUAUAUCUGCAACCCCACCAAUGUUGUAGAGGGAAACACGGUGUGUGCUGCUGGUUUUGGCUACUUUUUCCAUCUUAUGACCAACCAAACAUCGCAAGCUCCACUUCUCUCCUUCACUGGGAAUAUUGCACAUUCUUGUACAAGAUAUGGACUCUUUGUCUACCCUAAGUUUCAGCCACCUUGGGACAAUGACACUGGCCCCACCCUGUUACAAAACUUCAGGGUUUGGGGAAGUGCAGGUGGUGUGCAGAUUUUCAGAACUAGCAAUCUUCACCUGAAAAACUUCCAAGUUUAUUCAUGCAGAGAUUUUGGAAUUGAUAUCUUGGAAAGUGAUGCAAAUACUUUAGUUACUGACAGCUUAUUCCUUGGUCAUUUUGCUCACCAGGGAAGCCUGUGUAUGUCAGCAGGGAUCAAAACUCCCAAAAGAUGGGAACUGAUGGUAUCUAACACAACUUUUGUUAAUUUUGAUCUCACUGGCUGCGUGUCCAUCAGAACCUGUUCGGGCUGUUCCCGAGGACAGGGUGGAUUUACUGUGAAGACGAACCAGUUAAAGUUUACAAACUCUCCCAACGUAGUAGCAUUUCCAUUUCCUCAUGCAGCAAUUUUGGAAGACUUGGAUGGGUCUCUGUCUGGGAAAAAUGGAAGUCACAUUCUUGCUUCCAUGGAAACCCUCUCAGAUUCUUGUUUGGUCAGUGCCAGAUUCAGUCAGAUUGUCCCUGGCAGUGUCUGUGGGGAAGAUGUUUUCUUUCAUCGUAUGUCUAUUGGAUUAACUAAUGCUCCGGAUGUUUCUUAUGACUUAACCUUGACUGACAGCAGAAAUAAGACAACCACUGUCAACUAUGUGCGUGACACAUUGUCUAACCCUGAUGGCUGGAUGGCUCUGCUCUUGGAUCAAGAGACCUACUCACUGCGAUUUGAGACUCCUUGGACCAACAGAUCUCUGCAGGGAAUUUAUUCAAUGUACUCAGCAACAUUUGACAACUUUGCUCCUGGGAAUUACCUCCGGCUGGUUCACACAGUCCUGUGGCCUUCCCCUGACAUCCUCAUAAGGUGCGGGAGUCAAGUGGGGCGGUCCUUGCCCUCUCUUCCAUUGCCUGGUAAAGACCAAGGCUGUGACUGGUUCUUCAAUAGUCAGUUGAGGCAACUCACCUAUCUGGUUUCAGGUGAAGGUCAAGUCCAAGUGAUUGUCCAGGUGAAGGAAGGUGUGCCCCCAACUAUUUUAGCUACUACCUCUGUGCCUGAAUCCACUUUAAAAUGGUCCCUCCCUGAAUCAUGGAUAGGCGUUGAAGAGGGCUGGGGAGGACACAACGAUACCAUCCCAGGCCCUGGGGAUGACGUCCUGAUUUUACCAAACAGGACUGUCCUUGUGGAUACAGACCUUCCAUUCCUCAAAGGCCUCUAUGUGGUGGGGACUUUAGAGUUCCCUGUGGACAGAAGCAACGUUCUGAGUGUGGCCUGCAUGGUCAUUGCAGGCGGGGAACUGAAAGUCGGUACCUUGGAAAAUCCCUUACAAAAAGAACAGAAGCUUCUGAUUCUCCUUAGAGCCUCAGAGGGAGUCUUUUGUGACCGUUUCAAUGGAAUUCAUAUUGAUCCAGGAACAAUCGGAGUUUAUGGGAAACUUCAGCUUCACAGUGCUUAUCCUAAGAAAUCCUGGACACGGCUUGGGGCUGACAUUGCUUCAGGCAAUGAGAGAAUUAUAGUAGAGGACGCCGUGGAUUGGCGACCCCAUGACAAAAUUGUGCUUGGCUCCUCUUCCUAUGAGCCUCACGAAGCAGAGGUCCUCACUGUGAAAGAAGUUAAGGGCCACCAUGUUCGGAUCCAGGAGCGGCUCAAGCACCGGCACAUUGGAAGCGUACACGUCCUGGAGGAUGGCCCAUCCAUUCGUUUGGCUGCUGCGGUUGGACUUUUGACCCGAAAUAUACAAAUCCAGUCUGAUACUUUGUGUAGGGGGAGACUGCUUGUGGGGUCCUUCAGGAAGUCCAGCAGAGAAGAAUUUUCAGGUGUCCUUCAACUUUUAAAUGUAGAAAUUCAGAACUUUGGCUCACCAUUGUUUUCAUCCAUUGAAUUCACGCAUGUGUCGGCAGGAUCCUGGAUAAUAUCUUCUGCUCUGCACCACAGCUGCGGUGGGGGCAUUCGUGCAGUUGCCAGUCAUGGGAUCAUUUUAAAUGACAACAUAGUGUUUAGCACCGUUGGUCAUGGCAUUGAUUUGGAGGGUCAGGCCUAUUCUCUCUCUAAUAACCUUGUGGUUCUGAUGACACAGUCAGCGUGGUCCACUGUUUGGGUGGCAGGCAUCAAAGUGAACCAGGCAAAGGACAUCACCCUCCGUGGUAAUGUCGUGGCAGGAUCGGAGAGACUUGGCUUUCACAUCCGAGGCCAGAGGUGUUCCCCUCUUGAAGCUCUCUGGUCUGACAAUGUGGCCCACUCAAGCCUUCACGGUCUUCAUCUCUAUAAGGAAAGUGGACUUGGCAACUGUACUAGAAUCUCUGGCUUUUUGGCUUUCAAGAACUUUGACUACGGUGCCAUGCUACAUGUGAAGAACAGCGUGGAGAUAGAGAAUGUCACUCUGGUGGACAACGCUAUCGGUCUUCUGGCGAUAGUAUAUGUGUCUUCUGCUUCACAGCCUUCAAUCGAAAAUGUGCAGAUUGUGCUUAGGAAUUCAGUCAUUGUGGCCACUAGCUCCUCUUUUGACUGCAUUCAGGACAGGGUUAAGCCUGGCUCUGCCAACUGGACAUUAAUGGACCGAGCUCCGUCCAACCCCAGAGGGGGUCGAGUUGGUAUUCUGUGGCCAGUGUUCACCUCAGAACCAAAUCGGUGGCCUCAGGAACCAUGGCACAAAGUGAGAAAUGGCCGUUCAGUUUCAGGAAUCAUGAAGCUUCAAGAUGUUACCUUUUCUAGUUUUGUGAAGAGUUGCUAUAGCAAUGACCUAGAUGUAUGCAUUCUGCCCAAUGCAGAGAACACUGGAAUCAUUCAUCCCAUAACAGCAGAGAGGACCAAAAUGCUAAAGAUCAAAGAUAAAAACAAGUUCUACUUUCCUCCUUUACAAACCAGGGAAGAUUUAGGAACACUGGUCUGCCCUGAAUCCGUUUGUGAAAGUCCAAAAAAAUAUCUCUUUAAGGAUCUCGAUGGGAGAGCCCUGGGUCUACCUCCACCGGUUUCUGUGUUUCCUAAAACUGAGGCAGAAUGGACUGGAUCCUUCUUCAACACAGGUACAUUUAGAGAAGAACAGAAAUGCACAUACCGAUCCCUGAUACAAGGCUACAUCUGCAAAGAGACUGACCAAGUGAUCUUAAUUCUUGACAUUGUUAAUGCCACUUGGGCAGUGAGGAAGUUAUAUCCUGUUGUUUCUGUGACUAGUGGUUUUGUUGACACCUUCAGUAGUGUAAAUGACAAUACUUCCUGCUCUACUUCAGGGCCUGUAUCCACUUUCUAUUCCAUUUUACCCACCAGGGAAAUCACCAAGGUCUGCUUUGUGGAUCAGACUCCUCACGUUUUGCGUUUUUUUCUAUUGGGGAACAAAAGUACCUCCAAACUUCUGUUGGCUGUAUUCUACCAUGAACUCCAGAGCCCCCGUGUUUUCUUAGGGGAAAGUUUCAUCCCACCUAUUCUGGUUCAAUCAACUUCCUCAUUGCUGGAUGAGUCUGUUGGUUCCAACUAUUUCAGCAUCAUGGAUAACCUCUUGUACGUUGUCCUACAAGGAGAGGAGCUGGUUGAAAUACGCUCAGGUGUUUCCAUUCAUUUGGCCUUCACUGUGCUGUUUUCAGUCCUAGAAGAAGGCUGGGAAAUGGUGACCCUUGAAAGACUAACUGAAUUCUUACAGAUUAGCCGAGACCAAAUUAGAUUUAUUUAUGAUAUGCCUGGCAAUGAAGCAACCUUAAAGGCCAUUGCUGACCGUGGAGCAAAAAGAAAGCGCAAUUGCCCAACUGUACCUUGUGCCAGUUAUUAUAGAGCUGGUCAACGUAGGCCUCUCAUGACGGAAAUGAACUCAUACAGGGUUCCCCCACCAACCACCAUGGAAACUAUGUCAAAAGUGAUGGUCAUUGAAAUUGGUGAUCUGCCAACAGUAAGGAGCCCUGGAUGGAUUCCAUCCUUAUCAAGCGACAAAUUACAGAAUUUGGCUCACCAGGUUAUCACCGCUCAACAGACUGGAGUACUAGAGAGUAUACUGAAUAUGACUAUUGGAGCCUUACUGGUGACUCACUCAGAGGGAGUCAUUGGCUGUGGAAAUACAAGCAAUUUUAAAACUGGGAACUCGAUAUAUAUUCGGCCCUAUGCUCUUUCAGUCCUAGUCCAGCCUUCAGAUGGAGAAGUGGGGAAAGAACUUCCAGUACAACCACAGCUCAUUUUUCUGGACAAGCAGAAUCGGAGAGUAGAGUCCUUGGGGCUGCCAUCAGAGCCUUGGGCCGUUUCUGUUUCCCUGGAAGGGACUUCAGAUUCAGUGCUGAAAGGGUGUACUCAGGCAGAAACUCGAGAUGGUUAUGUGAGCUUCUCCAACUUGGCAAUUUUGAUCUCUGGGUCAAAUUGGCACUUUCUUUUUACUGUCACUUCCCCUCCAGGAACCAAUUUUACGACUCGAUCCAGGCCAUUCGCCAUCUCACCUGUGACUCGGUCAGAGAAGUCGACCAUCAUCCUGUCUGCCUCCCUGUGCUCAGUGGUCUCGUGGCUGACUCUUUGCUGUCUGGUGUGCUGUUGGUUUAAGAAAAGCAAAAGCAGAAAAAUAAAGAGUGAAGAUAUUUCUGCAUCCCAGACUAAUGAUCAAAAGAAUCAUGUCCAUGUCUCAUCUAAACGCCAAGGAUCACAGCCAGAGACUGAAAAAGAGGACCCCAUCGUGGGAGAAGAUAUGAGGAUGAAGGUCAUGCUGGGCAAGCUGAACCAACUCCCCCACCAGUCAGUAAACGGGGUGUCCAGAAGGAAGGUUAGCCGCCGUGCUGUCCGAGAAGAGGGUGGUGGCCGAGAAGAGGCCGCAGUAUCUGCUCCCAGUAUGACCACUGUCACAUCCCCUGGGCACACCGGUGCUCCAGGCUCUCCUGCUCAGCAGAUGUGCAUGCAGGAGGCUGGAAACUGGAAAGAGGCCCAAGAGCAGUUGCUGAGAUACCAGCUGGCAGGUCAAGAUCAGCUGCUCCUGCUCUGUCCAGACCUCAGACACGGGAGGCAGCAGAUGCAGGAACAGAGCCGGCUGGCCAAGGACGGUGGCAGCUCAGGGCGUUCCCAAGAGAAGAAAGCAUCCCGUGGUGCCAGUGAGGCACUCUGCCUUCACCCAGUCCCUCCAGAAGGUAUCCGGGAACAGCUGUGACCCAGGGGCAGCGUGGGCCUUUGGGCGGAAAGUCGGAAUGUUCAACGUAUUUCUUGAAAAUGAACAGGGGAGAGGAGGCCUGACUUAUAUGGACACUAAGAAGGAAGAACAUGGACUCUAAAAUCUCUUUUUUUUCAACUUUGAAAUGGGAGAUAGUCAUAUAAAUGCUUGAAGAUUGAAAUAAUGCUAGAUAUGUCUUUUGUAUUUAUUAUGGAUCUUAGUCCAAUGUCAGUCAAAUAAUAGGUUCCCAAGUAUUUGUUAAUAUUGUACUUGUUAAUUGAAGCCUGAUUUUGCCAUCUUAAUAAUGAUAUAACACUUACUUAUACCAGUAGGGGUUGUUAUUAAGCUUCCUUUAGGAGGACCACCCCCAAUUCUUUGAGCUUCUCUUAUUAAGGCGUCAUGAGAAGAUCUGGUCUGCUAUGAUUAUUUCUGCAGUGUUACAGUAAGAUAUUUUUUUUUGUCUUAUAGGAACAUUUGAAUGAUAAGUGAUCUAUCAGAACUUACCUUUUAACUAGAACACAACUUCCUGGAUUUUUCCAAGCUGAUUUCAUUUUAUGCUUAAAUGCAAUCAUUAUUGGGAGCUCACAAUAGAGCAAACAUAUCGAGUUUGCACCUCAUGAGUACUGAUACAUGAAAACUGAUAUUCUCAUGGGAUUUGCUGAGAUUUUUUAACUAAAUAUAAACAUACAAGAAAAGCAAGUUUGGGAAAAUAAAUUGUCUAUAGGUCAAAGUUAUUUCUAGAUAGUUCUUUGUAGUAGUAACUGGGUAAAAUUACAACUGGAAUUAAAAAACAAAACAAACAAACAAAAAGAACCUGUGUGUUGGGAGACCAGGAUAACCAAGAGGCCAAAUGGAUUAUCAGUUAACUCAUUUAUCAGAGAACUGCUUUGGCAGAAAAGUACUUCAUAGAGCUGUCUGAUAAGGUGGGGAAGAGAUUACAUGUGCAGCCUUUCUGGGCUAUGCUAGAGGCUCUAAUGGAGGUCAGAGUAGAGGGUCAACUGGUGUUAAGCUGGGUGAGGAUGCAAUGGCAAUGUCACCUAAUUCAUACAUUUCCACAGGCCCAUCAGUGUUCAUACUAAAGGGUACUUUAAGGAGCGUGACUGUGUCAUUGGCUCUGGAUCCAGAAGGCCCUGUGCUCCGAAGGAGUAAAGCAAAGACAGCAGAGGGGAACAGGAUUUUCAGAAAGAACUUCCUCUCACCUUUUCCCUAAGUACAAAACCAGGAUUUUCCCACCUCCAGGAGGUUAAAGGGCUGUCCUGUGUUUGAAUUAGAACAGAGGAAGGAGACAGAUUUUUCUAUGGCAGAAUUUUAAAUAAGGAUGCCCUGGAAUUAGCCCCAUAGAAAAUACUGGCAAAAAGUCAUCAUCACAGGGCGUCAAUGGGAAAAUAUGUGUCACCUUGCCAUGGGUUGGCAGAGCUUUCUCGGCCUCUUUGUCCAUUCUUCUGGUGUCUUGUGACAUCUCAAACCUUCAAGCCGCCCCUAAAGGAGACGGGCAGCCUUCUCCGUGGCACAGUGUUGAAUACAGAGGGAGGAACAAUUAGACGUACUUCAAGAGAUCUUAAUCCAGACACGCUGUGUUUAAGGAGGGCAUGGAUGGGCAAUGUGUCCUACAGACAUUAACUGUGGAGGCACAAAUUAGCUGCCUGAAGGGUAAAUCCUUUUCAGAUGUAUGUUUUUUGGGCACUAACAGUAUCUAAAAAAUAUAACAACAGAAACAAUAACGUGAAUGGCUUAGGUGGACUAUGCCUUCUCUAGUUUAAUUCAUCCCUGCUAUCACCUGUUCUUUAUCUCAUUUUUGUAGUCUGAGUAAUUUUUUUUGCAAUCUUUAGUCCUCAAAGAGCUGUGAUCUUUUUGUACAAAAACAUUUUAGAAGGUAAGGAUUUUGAGGAUUAUACAAUGAUAGGAGUCUUAGCACUACCUACUGAGGUCUGUCUACACAUUCUCCCUUUCACUCUGGUGACUUCUUUCACCAUCUCAAAUUCCAGCCUAGAUUUCUUUCCUGAGCUCUGUGCCAUGUACUUAGCUGCCACUGAGAACUAUCCGCUCGGAUGCCCGCAGCCACUAUGCCUUGACAUGGCCUCACAGCCCCCUCCUCCUCAAGCUUUCCCUAACGCAAUACACCAUGUCCCUGCACUCAGACCAGACAUCUAGAAAUGAACCAUGAUUCCAUGUUCUAUCUUACCCUUCCCAAAGGGUCAGCUACCAGCUCUGUUAUUUCUAUUCCUUCUUUACUCUUCUCCCAAUUUUUACUAUUGUCUUAUCUAUCCUCCCUGUGCCAAAAGACUCACCUUUCUGGAAGGCAAGUUUGAUUCUAUCCUUCUGUUUAGGAAUAAUUAUAAUUAGCCUAUUAAUUCUACCCCCAGCAAACCCCAGGAUCCCUGUGGUCAGAAUGGAUUCUUUGGCUCGGAACAACAGCCACAAACAUCCAGAGUAACUUGCAGGAUUCUCGAACGGGGCAUGGAAUUUCAGAGUCUGGCCAGAAUUGCCCAAACCAUAGUUAAGCCCAUCUUCUUUUUCCUUCUCAAAAAAUGAGAGAAUUGUGUAAAGGCUGGAAACAAAUAGAACAGCUCAUAAUUCAUUCAUGUCUAGAAAUGAGCUGAUUAGAUAAAGCAUAACUAUAGGUUGGCCAAUACUAAACUUAUUAAGACCAUUAAUAUGGGUAACCCAGCAAGUAUUUUAAAGCAGUGACAACCCUUUAUUCAAAUAAAUAAUUGAAAAAUAUCUUGUUCCUGUGUUAUUCCAAAGAAUCUAUUUCUGCCUCCCAUUUCUGAUUUUCUAUAUAUGGUGAACUCCUUUCCCCCAAGAUUCUGAACAAACUAAAAUUCUAGAUAGUUUAAAAGAAUUGUAAAUGUUUAUGGGUAUUAAAUUGAGAGAAGAAUGAAGGAAAUUAGGGUAGUUCCCACCAUGUCUUGGGUUUUGGGGAUUUUGUUCAGGGAAAGUACCAGGCUGUGACCAAACUUCAUAUCUCAGGGUAAGAGACUGAGCCAAUCUGACCAGGGUUAUGUCCUGCAGCAAACUUGCCCAUAUUAUUGCCCAGUGAGGCUACUAAAUACCAAAAGGCCUUUAGCUCCCUCAGGACCCAGUCCUUUCCAUUAUUACCUAGUUGAAUCACUCCCUUCUGUCUUGCUGUCUGACUCCCCAAGUAUAAAAUUACUAUACAUUGAAAUGUAUGCAAACUCUAUGCAAAAAUGAGUAUGGGGAAAUUUAAUGUAAAUUACAUGAAAAUAUUCAAUCAAGGUUCUAUAAAAUUGUAUAUGUCAAUAACAGUAAAGGAUUUUAAUUAAUUCUGUCUUUAAAACUCAUGCAUUUAUUCCAUAUUUUGUUUCUGGAAUUUAUAAUGUAUCAGUGUCAACUUUGAAAGAGCUAUAAGCAAAAGGAAUUAUACUACUGAGCAUAGAAGAGUUGAUUUCAACAUACACUAUAGCACUGUGACUAAUUACAUAUAUAUUUGAGAGACAAGUCACAUUUCCAGAAUGUAAUUUGUUAAAAAAUAAAUAAAACGUUUCUAUAAAGUUGAAUGAGAUUUAAGUGGUAAAAUACAGACUUGCCUAUUUACAAAUAUUCUUCUGGCUUUGUUAUUUAUAGUCCUCAAUAAAGACCAGGAUUUCUUUGCUUGGAACAAUUCAAGAAAAAGUAGAUUCUGCCCAUCAAUCUGGUCUGCUUUGAGAUAGAAGAUUCAUUUAAUGUAGUUGUAGGACUUCCUGAAAUCUAAUUGGAUUUGAAAGAUUGAUUCUUUGAUUCUACACAGGCCCCUUCAGAUCUCUUCGCAGUUUUCCACUCCCAUUCCAACAAAAUUAUUUGAAAGACUUUUAUUCACGCAUUUCAUUACUUGCUCAGUGUUCAUUCACUGCACCAUGGACUUCCCUCUGCCUUCCAACCCUUCCACGGAACAGAGACCUCUCUUAUGGCAAUCACCAGGAACUUCCAUUUUUCCAAUUCUCAAGAAUGAUUCUCUAUCCUCAUCUUACAUGACAUCUUGGGAGCAUCUAGUCCAGACUUUCUCUUCCUCUUUUUGGACCACUUUUUUCUCUAGGCUUUUGUGAUUACUUCUCUCCUUGAUUUCCUGUUAUGUCACUGGAUACACCUUCCAAAUAAGUGGUAAAGAAGCAUAUUUUAGCUUCUCACCCCAAAUCUUGUGAGACCCUAAGAAAAAGAUCCAGUUGAGCCUUCAAAGCCUUUGACCUAGAGAACUGAAAGCUAAUGAACAGGUGGUGUUUUGUUGUUGUUUUUACUAAUUUAUUGAGUCCCUACUGACAUGUAAAAAGCUGUACAUAGUUAAUGCAUAAGUAUACACCCAUGAAAUUAUCACUACCAUGGAGACAGUAAACAUAUCUAUCAUCUCCAAAAGUUUCCUCCCACCUCUUCCUCCUCCUCCUCACUAUUAUUAUUAUUAGUAGUAGUAGUAGUAAUAGUAGUAGUGAUAGUAAGAAUACCUAACAUAAGAUUGACCCUCUUAGAAAAUUUUAAGUGUACAAUACAUUAUUGUCUGUAUAGGCACUAUUCUAUAUAGUAGACUUUCAGAACUUGUAAAACUGAAACUUUGUAAACUUUUUCCAUCAUCUCUCCAUUUUUUUUCUCUCCACCUUCCCCCACACUCUCUAGCAAUCUCCAUUCUUACUUUCCGUUUCUAUGAUUAUGACUAUUUUAGAUUCCACAUAUAAGUGAGAUCAUACAUAAUCUGUCUAUGUUUGGCUUAUUUCACUUAAUGUUCUCCAGGUCCAUCCUUAUUGUUGAAAAUGACAGAAUUUCCUGCCUUUUUAAGAUUAAAUAAUAUUCCACUAUGGGUAUUGUUUUAAGUUACUGGGUUUCUGAUAAUUUGUCAUUCAGCAAUUAGUUUGUCAUUAGCAAACUAAUACAGACACUAUGGUUUCACACGCGCACACACAAAUGAUGGUGGGGAGCUUUGUCCUCUGCUCUUGUCCUUGCUUCUGCCUUUGGGCAUGUUUCACUUCUAGUCCUUCAGAAGCUUAAACUCCUCAUUCAAUCAUAGGUUCCCCUUGGCAUCACAACUGCCCCCUGUGGGCAGCUGGGUCAUGUCAGUUCCCAGGUGCCUUCCCAGGUUUCCCACCUGCACACUCACUCCUUCCGGUGUGGAGGCGGCCCGCUCUCAGGUGAUCCAGCCACAGUGGAUUAAAUCCUGACUGUUCUUUUUCUCUCUCUCUCUCUUCUGUCUUUCCAUUUCCCAGUCCGUUUCCCCAGCUAGAUUCUACAAAAGUUAUUUGCAGCAUCCCCAUCAGUUCCAUGAGUGACAGGAGACUAGUGUCAAGUGAGAAAAUGAAAUGUAAAUUUUAUUAAACACCCCCUCUCAUCUCUGCGUAUCAAUCCAGAUUCCAGCCGAACACAGCAAAUCAAAUCCUGUCUAUGCCAGGCCUCGGGGCACACGGAAAAUCAUUUCUCCUUACUACCAUUCCCUUCUAGUAAAAUAUUUUUCUGUUUGGUAAAUGAAAAUUUCAAAUGCAAACCCUGUUUUAAUCCCAGGGAAAAGUAUAUCUUCCAAAUGAACAUCUGAAGGAGGGAGCAGGAAAGAGAGGAGGGAAGACUCCGGGGCCAAGGAGAAGUAGAAGGGGGCUGAGCAAACAGAAUCGUAUUUAGCUGUGUCAUGUGCCGGCCUGCCUGGUGGCUGUGCAGGGAUGCAUAUCCACAGAAUAAACGGAGACAUUCUUUGAAAGCUUGGACCAUCAGGACAUUUAUCUAUAUGCUGUCCUGUCUAGAGAUAAUACAUUUCUUAAAUCUGAUACAUUGCCUUGAAAUAGCAUUAGAAAUAUAGAUGCUUCAUUCUGGGUGUGAAUAUGGGGACAACUACUGACUUGUAUGAGGUUCUGAAGGGGGGGUGUCUAUGUGCACAGAACAUCUUCAUUAGGGUCUUUAAAAGCAUGAUUAACUUAAAAAUUUACAAAGCACACUUUGGCCCUAGCUGGUUUGGCUCAGUGGGUAGAGCGUUGGCCUGCACACUGAAAGGUCCUGG